AAAGUUGGCUAACUUUGAGAUGAAAUACCUCAACACUCUCAAAUUUGAGAAGACGUCCGGGAAAUGAAGAGACGUUUGGGAUGAAAGAUGGCUGUCUGUGCUGGGAUUGCAUUAAUCUGUAAGGCAGAGAUGGUGUAAUGAAAGGGAGGUAGGCUGGGGCACCUGCUGACUUCAAAGCAGAAGCGAUUCCCAUACUGAUUUCCCUGGGGGCUGAGCAGCCACUUAACCUCUGUCUGUGAGCUAACUAGCACUGCUAAGCAUGUGAAGUCUUGGCAACCCAUAGGUAACUCAAACACUUUUAAAGUACAGCAAGUGUUCAGAAACUGCUGAGUGAAGUUACUGAAUCUCUUUUUGCUUCACAUGAGCACUGGAGUCCCCUGCUGAGAACCAAAUCCUUCUUCAUGGAUGGGAGGGGCAACUCCCAGAUUUCUUUUGGGGAAAGAGGGAACCUGAUACCCCUGCUAAAUUCAGUGUUGUUUGUUUCUGAAACUGCCUUCCGGUCUUCAUCAUGCCGUGUUGCAUCAAAUAGGUAGCAGAUAUGGAACGGUCCCCAGCAAUGAUUUCCUGUUGGGUGGGGGACUUCCUCCCUCGUGUCUGCGGGGUGACACUGUCCUCCGCCAUGGGCAGCAUCUGUGGCAGGGAGGCGUUCCAUCCCUCGGGUCAUUUCUGUGGCCCUCCUCUGGACACGCUCCAGCAGGUCCACGUGUGUCCUGCGCUGAGGACUCCCCAUGUGGCCGCAGCACUCCGGGUGAGGUCUCGCAGUGCAGAACAAAGGGACAGGAUCACCUCCUUCACAACGCCGGUCGCACCGCUCCGGACGCAGCCCGAGGCUGUGGCCUCCAAAAUGGAUUUCCUCUGGAUCUGCCUCAUCCUUUUGGCAGUGGUGCUGCCUGAAGGCAGCCUGGCAGACCUGGAGAAGCAGAGGAUGGGCUCUGGAUUGGAGAUCUAUAAGAAACUGUUCGAGGUGAAGCGCAAGGACCAGAUGAAUGCCCUGAAGAACCUCAUAGAGCUCAAUGACAUUAACCAACAGUAUAAAAUCAUUGACAUCAUGCUCAAGGGACUCUUCAAAGUGCUGGAAGACUCCCGGGCUGUACUCAUAGCAGCAGAUGUGCCACCGGAUGGGCCUUUCCCCCAGGAUGAGAAGCUGAAGGAUGCGUACUCUCAUGUGGUGGAGAACACAGCCUUCUUUGGGGACGUUGUGCUGCGCUUCCCCAAGAUCGUGCACCACUACUUUGACCGCAACUCCAACUGGAACAACCUGAUCCGCUGGGGCAUCGGCUUCUGCAACCUGACGGGCGUCUUUGAGCAGGGGCCCCACUCCCAGCUCCUGGGGCUGAUGGCUCAGGAGCUGGGCAUCAGUGAGAAGUCCCCCAAUUACCGCAAUCCCUUCAAAGCUGACCACUCUGAGUUCUUCCCCAGCGCUGACACCUUCCAGAAGGCGCUGCGCGAGGAGGAGAAGCGGCGCCGGAAGGAGGAGAAGCGCAAGGAGAUCCGCAAGGGCCCGCGCAUCUCUCGCUCGCAGUCUGAGCUGUAGGCCCGGGUGGGCCGGGACCUGCAUCGAUGCAGCCGCUCCCACCCAUGGCUGGGCUGGAGAUGCCCUGCCAGCCGCUUCUGUGAGUUUCAGGGUGGAUUUUUG